AUGGCCUCCGACUAUCUGUCCCCAGAGGCACCUGCACUUUCCGCUUCGAACGCCACUUCGCCUGGAGCCAUAUUCCAUUCUAGUAUUGCCAAGGAACAGCCCGGCUUAGUGCCGCCUCCGUCCAUACGUGAAGCAGGGAGUCGUGCGAGCGGGAUGCGAAAGCGGAUCGACCGCCUCACGUACAAGCUCACCACCAAGGAGGGCUUUUUCGGCGGCUACGACUACUUCUGGCUUUGCCUGCCGACGCUACCGUUCACUAUCGGCGGCCGAAAGAGGCGUAAGAGAAUGCCGCCGUUCUAUCCGCUGGACUCGGAUCUGCCGCUCCUCCUUGCGCUAGCGUGCGGCCUGCAGCAUGCGCUUGCAAUGCUCGCAGGGCUCAUCGCGCCACCGAUUAUUUUUGCGAGUUCGUUGAGUUUGGAUGCGAACACGUCGGCGUAUAUGAUCUCAGCUUCCCUCAUUGGAUGUGGGAUCUUGAGUAUGGUGCAGCUGUCUAGGAUACAUCUGUUCAAGAACUACUAUCUUGGCACUGGGUUGAUCAGUGUCGUGGGUACGAGCUUUGCAACGUUGAGCACGGCGACUGCGAUAUUCGAUGCUAUGUAUGCAAACGGAACCUGUCCCUCGACCACCGCCGCAGAUGGAACCAUCACGCGUGGACCAUGCCCAGACGCCUACGGCAAGUUGUUGGGCACGUCACUGAUCUGCUCUUUCCUCGAAAUAGGCUUGUCCUUCGUCUCGCCGCACAGACUAAGGAGGAUCUUUCCGCCGAUAGUUACCGGCACAGUCAUCCUCUUGAUCGGGGCGUCACUCGUCGGCUCGUCGGGUAUCCCUGACUGGGGUGGCGGCUCUAACUGCAUGGGCAGGCCAACUUCGGGCCCCUUCACGCUCUGCCCGGACACCUCUGCUCCGCGCCCACGAGCGUGGGGCUCGCCCGAGCUCAUCGGGCUCGGCUUCCUGUCGUUCAUGUCGAUCGUGCUCACUGAGAUGUUUGGCUCGCCAUUCCUGAAGAACAUCUCUAUCAUUGUCGGCCUCGCUGUGGGAUGUAUCGUCGCUGGCGCGGUGGGAUACAUCGACGGGAGCUCGAUUACCAGCGCGCCGGCGAUCACGUUCCUGUGGGUACACCGGUUCAAGCUGCGCGUGUACCCGCCGGCUAUCCUACCAAUGCUAGCUGUAUAUGUCUCGACUACGAUGGAGGCGAUGGGCGACAUCACUGCGUCUGCCGAGGUGUCGCGGCUGGCCGUCGAUGGCGAUGAAUUUAACACGCGGAUCCAGGGCGGGGUGUUGAGUGACGGUGUCGGCGGGUUUCUCUCCGCGCUGUUCACCGUCGCGCCGCUUUCGGUAUUCGCACAGAACAACGGGGUCAUUGCGAUCACGCGCUGUGCGAACCGCACCGCGGGAUAUUUCUGCUGCAUAUUCCUUAUCUUGUUCGGCAUCCUGGGUAAGCUCUCAGGUGUCUUCCUUGCGAUACCAAAUCCCGUGCUAGGCGGCGUGACGACGUUCCUUUUUGCGUCGGUCGUAGUGUCUGGCGUCCGUAUCCUCUCGUAUUGCCACUUCACACGUCGGGACCGCUUCGUGCUCGCGGCCGCGCUGUCGUUCGGCAUCGGGGACCUGCUCGUGCCUAGCUUCCUCACAUUCCUGUUCGCCGGUGUGCAACACCCGAAUAACGCCUUGCAGGGCUUCUUUGACUCACUUACGAUCGUACUUAGUACGCCAUUCCUUGUCGCAGGUAUUGUCGCUGCGGUGCUGAAUCAGGUAUUGCCACAGGAGGAUAAAGAAGAUGAGCAGGAUGAGCAGGGUGCUGAGGUAAUUCAUAUCAAUGUUGAGGGGCAUCGUGCCCAGUCCGAAGAAGAUAAGCUUGUGGUUUAA